AUGAUGAAGGAGCGGGACUCCUACUACAUCUUGGGCCUUCCGGGCCCCGCGGCCAGUGAGGAGGAGGUGAAGAAGGCCUAUAGGAACCUGGCGAGGAAGGAGCAUCCCGAUAAGGCGGGCAUCGGCAACAAGAAGCGGUUCCAGGCCAUUCAGCAGGCCUACUCCUCCAUCCUGAAGCAGAGGCAGUUCGGCGGGUCCGUGGCCGUGCCAGAGGACACCAACGAAGAAGAGAGCCCCAAGGUGGUGGACUCGGCUGUGCUGCAGGAGUCCCUUCACUAUGCCAACGAGGCGCACCAGUGCGCGGACGAGGUGGCCCAGGGUGGGCACCGCGCCCUGCGGGGCUGGGAGGAGUCUGAGGGCAGCAAGCGCCGAUCGCUGAAGGGCCUUCGCGAUCUCACUCGCCACAGUGCUUCCGAACUGCGAGGCGUGGCGCGGCAGAUGCGGCAGCUGGGCCGCGCCACCGAGGCCAUGACGCGCUGCGCCGAGGCCUUCCUGAAUGACAACCUGGACAUCGCAGAUACGCUGAGCACCGGGAUGGCACUCCGGGAUCGCUGCGCCAUCGUUGAAGACUCAGGCCGCGCCUGCGUCACCUCCGCAGAGCUGCUGGAGAGGAUUGGUGAGGCCACCGAGGCCACGCUGAGGAAGGUGGAGAAGGCGUCGCCGGACGCCGGCGAGGGCAACAACCUGCUCCGCCUGGGCACGCGGCUGCUCACCGAGAGCCUCGCGCGGAGCGCUGCGGUGGCGCGGCGCACCGCGGAGGAAGCGCUGAACGCCGCCGGCAAGGCUCUGGACCUGCACCGAGGGAUGCUGAUGCUGGACGCGGAAGCCCGCAAGGAGCGCGAGCGGCUGCGGAAGCGUCACGACUUCGAGGAGGACGAGCCGGUACCGGCGCCCGACGCGGAACGCAAGGAGGCCCCGAAACCUGCCACAAGUGCGCCCGGCUUUGGGAAGGGUCGGAUCACUCCGGCCGCUUUGGGGUGGCGCAUGGACCCGGAGCUCUCGGAGCUCUUGGCGCAGCUGCGGGGCGAGGCGGCGGCGGCCCUCGAGGCGCUGAGGGCGCUGCGGGCGCGGCUGCCGCGGGAGGCGCCGCAGCUGCGGCGCUGGGCGCGGCCGGCGCUGGGCCGCGCGUGUUGCGAGGCGGAAGGCGACGUGGCCUCCGGGGCCGCGGAGCUGCUCGAGCUGCUGGAGGCGCCCGCGGAGAAGUUCCUCGGGGGCCCGCGCUCCUUCCGCUGGAAAGAGGUGGAGAUCGUCUACUGGGAGCUGCCGGAGAUCGAGGAGGACCUGCUCUUUGGCUUCGCCGCGUGGCCCGCUGCUCAGGCCCUGGCCCGACUCCUCAUCGAUGCGGAGUCGGAGUCGUCGGAGUCGUCGGAGUCGCCGCUGCCCUCGGUGGCGAAGAAACGCGUGCUGGAGGUGGGCGCCGGGGUUGCCGUGGCCGGCCUCAGCUGCCGCGCCCUGGGCGCGGCCGUGUGCCUCAGCGAUGCAGAGGAGCGCCUCGUGGAGGCGCUGAAGGAGCACCACCAUGACGAAGAGCUCCGGUUCCAGGUGCUGGAUUGGAACACCGACGAAGGCGUGGAGGGCUUCGAUGUCAUCGUGGGCUCGGACCUUCUGCUGGCGCCCUUCGGCGGGGCCCAGGCGCUGCCGCGGCUCCUCGCGCGGCGCCUGGCGCCCGGAGGUUGCGGCCUGCUGCUGAAUUCCCGCAGAGGCGCUGAGGCGCAUUUGACGGCCAUCGAGGAGCUCCGAAGGCGGGGCUUCGCGGUGUCCAUCUUCCUGGCGAGCUCGGAGGGCAUGGGCCCUCUGCUGCCCAUCUCCGCCGAGCAGAUCCCCCAGCUGCCGGAGAACGCGCCGAGCCGAGACCGUAUUCUGCCGCUAUUUUAUGCUGAGAUCGCCGAUCCGGGGUAA